AUGAUUGACCACAAACUACGACCACGACAACACAAAACUUUUCGAGCCGUCUUGAGCGGUCUAGAACGCCCGAACCUUCUUCUCGACCAGAAGAAGCCGACUUUGAGGAACUCAAGGACUACUUUUCAUCUCUGCCGGCCCUUGAGACCUAGGGCAUUUACAGUAACGCACAUUUAUUCUGAUGUGUCGUGCUGGUUGGUACCUCUCAAGGGUUUAUCUCUCAUGACUCAUUGGAACGAGGCCAUGUCUCAAUUGGAUAUUUUGAAACCGAAUCUUUGGGAAUGCAACCUUUCUCGAUUCUUUGAACACCAGUAUUCUUCACGAGCACCGGACUGUGUCCCCGUCUCCACCAAACGCUAA